AUGACUUUCCUUGAAGUCAUCAACUCUGUGUUAGCUGUACCAACAGCUGCUGCUAAUGCUCUGGUUAUCAUGGCCAUUCUGACGACGUCUUCUUUACGAAAACCGUCGUAUCUUUUACUGGCUAACCUCGCCUUUAGUGAUUUUGCAGUGGGACUUUUUGGGCAACCAGUUUUUACCUUUUGUAUAUUUUCAUUUAAAAAUGGAAAUGUUGAAGGGUACUGUUAUGCGCGGUGGAUUUUAACUGUUUUUUUAGCUUUAUUUUCCUGUGGAACCAUCUUCACCAUAACAGCGAUCAGUGUGGACAGGUACUUGGCCAUACGACUCAAAAUGCGGUACAGAUCUGUUGUCACAGUGCGAAGAGUCAGGUUGAUCUUGGCGUCAGUUUGGCUGCAUUCAAUAUUCGCUUUGUCUUGCCCAUUUUUCAUGUCUUCAAGCACAAGCUCCUAUGUGGCGACUUCUGAAUUAGUAAUCUGUUUGUUGAUUAUUAUGUAUUGCUACACGAUGUCGUUCAGAGCCCUGAAGAUCCACUGUGCUCAGAUCCAACCGCAGAGUAACCAACAACCCAACAGUACAACACAAUCCAAUGCCAUCGAUGUUCUCAAGUACAGAAAGCUACUGAAGACAAUGUUAUUAAUAGUGAUGCUUAUUAUCGUUUGCUAUAUGCCACUUCUUGGUGUUUUUGUUAUCUUUACGAAACCCAAUGGAAAUAGAGUCGUUGCUUGGUAUCUUCUUAGCAUCACUGCCCUUAACUCGCUGUUUAAUCCUGUAAUCUACAUGACAAGGAUGAAAGAUCUGAGAAGAGUUUGUUUUCAGAUGCUUAGAAAUCUAUUUCGUGUAUAA